AUGCUUGGCGUUGAUGUGGACACUUUUGAAACAAAAAACGUCGAUCGGCUUGCAGGCACAGAAGUGGGCCUUAUCCUAGCUGAUGAGGGACAUCGUUUGAAGAACGGAGACUCUUUAACAUUCAAUGCGUUAAAUUCUUUAAGAUGCGAAAGAAGAGUUAUUCUCAGUGGAACGCCUAUACAAAACGAUCUAUCUGAGUAUUACUCGCUUCUCAACUUUGCGAAUCCCGGGUAUUUGGGAACCCGAAACGAAUUCCGCAAGAAUUUCGAGAACGCUAUCUUAAGAGGCCGUGAUGCGGACGCCACAGAUAGCGAAAGGGAGAAGGGCGAUUCGAAACUACUAGAGCUCUCCCAAUUGGUUUCAAAAUUUAUCAUCCGUCGUACGAAUGACAUCUUAUCGAAGUACUUACCCGUGAAGUACGAGUAUGUUGUCUACCUCGCAACCCUUAAAGCCAUCGACCUUUUGAAAAAGCUAUGUACGCAUCCUGACUUACUCCGCUUACCUGAAGAUAUCAGAGGCAGCAGGGGGAUUCUUCCUGAGGAUUACACUGAUUCGAGCAGCUCUCGCGAAAAGAGUAUUCCUAUAUCACUCAGUACUAAGUUUUCUAUCCUAGAACGCUUUAUUGAGAGUCUUAGACAUGAAUCAGAUGACAAGAUUGUAAUAAUCUCAAAUUACACCAAGACAUUGGAUCUAAUCGAGAGACUUUGUCGGCAUAGGCGAUACGGAUGUCUUCGCCUAGACGGUACUAUGAAUAUCAAUAAGAGGCAGAAGAUUGUUGACCGCUUCAAUGAUCCGAAAGGGCCUGAAUUUAUCUUUCUUCUUUCGUCGAAAGCAGGAGGAUGUGGUAUCAACCUCAUUGGGGCAAACCGGUUGAUUCUCAUGGAUCCAGAUUGGAAUCCUGCCGCUGAUCAGCAAGCACUUGCUAGAGUAUGGAGAGAUGGUCAGAAAAAGGAUUGUUUCAUCUACAGAUUUAUUUGCACUGGUACCAUCGAAGAGAAAAUCUAUCAACUCUCGUCAUCGAUCAAGGACUCGGUAGAGCAGUUUUACAAUGAUACAUUAAAGACAGCCAAGGACAGAGCAAACCCCUCGUUGAUCAAAGUCUUGACUUAUCAUAGCGCUGAUGCCGUGCAUUGGCUUCAGGAGAUUUUUGAGUUGGACCUUUCGAUUGUCUCCAGAUUGGGUGGCCAUUCUCAGCCAAGAACUCACAGAGGGAAAGAUGCAAAGUUCCCCGGAAUGGCAAUCACUUAUAAACUUCUUGAAACUCUUGAAAAUUUAGCGGAAGAGUUUCCAGAUAGGGUUGCUAUCAUGAAGAACACCCAGGUAAUUGACUUAUUGAUAGACGAGAAUGACUCUUCCCAGGUUCUUGGUGUGAAGUACAAAGACCUUAAAACAAAGGGAAAAGACACACUCAGAGGCCCCGUUAUAUUAGCAACUGGUGGUUACGCUGCAGAUUUCACAAAAAAUUCUUUGUUGCGGAAAUAUAGGCCAGAUAUUAUCGACCUUCCCUCAACCAAUGGCACCCAUGCUACCGGCGAUGGUCAGAAAAUUGUCAUGAAGCAUUCAGGCAUUGGAAUUGAUAUGGAUAAAGUUCAAGUCCAUCCUACUGGUCUUAUCGAUUUCAAUGACGCCGAUGUCAUCGAAGGGCGCAAGCAACCUCGUCACUUGUUUCUCGGUGCCGAAGCUUUGCGUGGUGAGGGUGGCAUAAUCCUCAACAACAAAGGCGAGCGGUUCUGUGACGAAUUAGGUACUCGUGAUUAUGUGAGUGGCGAGAUGGAGAAGCAAAUCAAGCAGGGAAACGGGCCUUUGAGGCUUGUUUUGAGCGAUGAAAGCGAGGAAAGGCUUGCGUUUCAUAUCAAACACUACGAGCAAAGAUCGCUCAUGCGAACGAUACUGGGGAAGGAUUUAGCUCAGGAGAUGAAGAUCCCUAUCACAAAGCUUCAAGAAACUUUGGAUUUAUACAACCGAGCUGCCAAACAUGAGAUUGAUGAACCCUUUGGCAAAAAGUAUUUUCCCACAACGCCAUUCACUAUUUCCGAAGAUCGAAAAUAUCAUGUGUCGUUCAUUACGAGAGUUUUGCAUUUCACCAUGGGUGGAAUUAAGAUAAAUGAUAGGACGCAAGUCAUCUACAAUGGCAACCAGGAGGAGCCCUUCCAAGGAUUGUAUGCUGCGGGAGAGGUCGCUGGUGGUGUCCACGGGCACAAUCGAUUGGGAGGUUCGUCUCUUCUUGCCUGUGUUGUAUAUGGGAGACUUGCAGCCCACCAGGCGUCUAGCUUCUUGAUGAGGAAUCUUUCAAUGGCGCAGCCUCUCAACGAGAAUCAAUCGGCAUCGGCGCGUUUAAAUCAGAUCAGUUUACAUAUUGACCCGAACAGAAAACAGAUUACUAUCGAUCUCGGAGGCGAGGCUGAGGGAAAUAAGCCCGCCCGUCCUGCUACUAUCGAGGAAAGUUCCGAGGCAGGUAUUUCUGGCAAGUCUACUCUGGCUAAAGGAAAACAAAAGACGCCCCGAUUCGAAAUACCUGAAAAGGAAUUCACUGCUGAUGAGGUGGCUAAGCACAACAGCGAGUCAGACUGUUGGGUCAUAGUCAAAAAUGUUGUCUUGGAUUUGACCAGCUUCUUGGAUGAUCACCCUGGAGGCCGUGAAUCAAUUUUGAACUUUGCGGGGAAAGAUGCAACUGAAAGUUUUGAUAUGUUACAUGAGGACAACGUCAUCCAGAGAUAUGCCCCAAAAUGCGUCUUAGGCAGAUUGAAAGGCGCAACACCAUUUCUUGAGUUGAAGGAAUAA